AGAUGUGAAUUAUUACCUGAGCACAGAAGAUACGUGCGAUUAGAGCUAUUCGCCGGUUGUUUUGAGCAAAACAAUGUGCAUCACACAGAGCCAGCUCCAGUGGGGACGAGGUCCACCGGAAAAAUACCAGACCCACCAUUAAAGCAACCUUCUUUGAACCAUAUUUCGUUCGUGCGCACCAGGCCCGAAGUGGCAUCUUGCCAUAUUGUGGUGCACUUCCCCUCCCUUGGUGGGUUCGAGCCCGCCUUGACAAAUUGUUCAAAAAUAUUUCGUUCGUGCUAUAGUUGGGGAAGAGGAUUAGGUUGGAUUAGGUGAAUGCAGACGAGGGUCUUAAUAAAUGUAAGAGAAACUCUUCGGGACCCGUGCUGUUUUCAAGGGAUCUGAAUAUUGACGCGCACGGACGUGCUGUUUCCACAGCAUUCAGCUUCGAAAGUUGCAGUCCUCAUUUGGGGUUUGGUUAAGAAUCCCAAAUUUGGUGCAAAGAUUAGAGAUUUCUGUAUCUGGGAUUUUUAAUUCUUGACAUCCCCAGAAACCCGAUUUCCGAGUUGAAAAUUCUUUUGGCGAAUCACUAUUGUAAUCGUUUCCAUUUUAUUCUUGCAAAUGGGUUGUUGUGGAAGCAAGCACAGUUUUUCUCGUAACAAUGGUAAUGGCUAUGGAUCAGGUAAUAUUCCGGCGAGGCCAACCCACCAAAGUUGUCUUCAACAUAAGCAUGUUGAAUCCCAGAAAGUGUCCGUUCCUCAGCCUCAAGGGUCACAACCAAGGCAGCACCACCACCAGCCACCGCCUCUGCCCAAUUCUAUACCUCAUGCCCCACAACCACGGCAGCAGUAUCAGCAGCCACAGCCCCAGACAAUUCCGGUACCGGUUAAAACUACACGCAGAAGCAACAUGCCUGUUCAAAAGCACGAUACAAUCCUAGGCAACCCUUUUGAAGAUAUUAAGCAAUUCUAUACUCUCGGUAAAGAAUUGGGUAGAGGGCAAUUUGGCAUAACUUACUUGUGCGCGGAGAAUUCUACUGGGGACACUUAUGCUUGCAAAUCAAUCUUGAAGAGAAAGCUGGUCAGUAAACAAGAUAGAGAGGAUGUAAAGAGAGAAAUACAGAUUAUGCAGCAUUUAUCUGGGCAGCAGAACAUUGUGGAAUUUAGGGGUGCUUAUGAGGAUAGGCAAUCUGUGCAUGUUGUAAUGGAGCUUUGUGCUGGUGGAGAGCUGUUCGAUCGGAUUAUUGCUCACGGGCAUUAUUCGGAGAGAGCUGCGGCGGAAAUUUGUCGUUCAAUAGUGAAUGUAGUCCACAUUUGCCAUUUCAUGGGAGUAAUGCAUCGUGAUCUCAAGCCAGAGAAUUUCUUGUUGUCUAGCAAGGAUUCGGGAGCCAUGUUGAAGGCAACGGAUUUUGGGUUGUCCUUCUUUAUUGAGGAAGGAAUGGUGCACCAUGAUAUAGUAGGUAGUGCAUACUAUGUUGCUCCUGAAGUGUUGCGGCGGAGUUAUGGAAAGGAAAUUGACAUCUGGAGUGCUGGAGUAAUCUUGUAUAUUCUACUUAGUGGUGUCCCUCCUUUCUGGGCUGAAACUGAAAGAGGAAUAUUUGAUGCUAUUUUAAAGGGAGAAAUAGACUUUCAAAGUGAUCCAUGGCCAAGAAUAUCAGAAAGUGCUAAAGAUCUUGUCAAGAAAAUGCUGACAAUGGACCCAAGAAAGCGGAUAACUCCUGCACAAGUUCUUGAGCAUCCUUGGAUUAGAGAAGGAGGAGAGGCUUCAGAUAAGCCAAUAGAUAGUGCUGUUCUCUCCAGAAUGAAGCAAUUCAGGGCAAUGAAUAAGCUCAAGAAGCUCGCUUUGAAGGUUAUUGCACAAAAUCUAUCUGAAGAAGAAAUCAAAGGUCUCAAGUCAAUGUUCACAAACAUGGACACUGACAAAAGUGGUACAAUCACCUAUGAGGAACUGAAGACAGGUUUAGCUCGUCUUGGAUCAAAGCUCUCUGAGGCUGAGGUCAAGCAACUAAUGGAAGCUGCUGAUGUGGAUGGAAAUGGAACAAUUGAUUACAUUGAAUUCAUCACAGCUACCAUGCAUAGAUACAGACUGGAAAGAGAGGAGCACUUAUAUAAAGCAUUUAAGUACUUUGACAAAGAUGACAGUGGGUAUAUUACAAAGGAUGAACUAGAAACUGCCAUGAAAGAGUAUGGAAUGGAUGAUGAAGCCAGCAUCAGGGAAGUAAUCUCCGAGGUUGAUACAGAUCAUGAUGGGAGGAUCAACUAUGAGGAGUUCUGUGCAAUGAUGCGAAGUGGUACGCAACAAACUGAAAAGCUCUUCUAGAUCCAAUUAAUGGAAACAGAAAUUCCAUUACCACCAAGUAACAACCACACUGAUGUAUUGACAUAACUCGGUAAGCAGGAAUAGGGCAAUUUCACCUGAAGGCAUGGGGUAGAUUGUUGUCUGGGAUUAUUUUAUUGAGGGGCUUUCCCUGUCCUAAUUUGCGGAAAUUCAUAGAUUGAGCAUGCAAGGCUAUAAUGUAGCAUCAGUUGAGGUUGUCUUUGUGCAUAUAUCUACAUUCUGAACCUCUUUAAGUUUUUCAGAGUUCGCUCCAGUUUUUCACCUGCUUCUUUUUAUUUUCAUUUCUUCACUCAUUCUUCUCACCAUGUGAUCCAGCUGAUAUUGUUGAUUAAUCCAGGAAGAUAUCUAAGCAAUGCGGUUUAUUUGUGAUUUGAUGAGAGGAAAUACUUAUGGAUUAUAAGUUCCUGAUACAUUGUUUACUUAAUAACUUUUAGUCUUCUAAUCCUGUUAUUACAGACAUAGCAAGAUGGCUAUGCUAGACCAUCAAUAGAUCCCCUCAAUCUUA